GAGUCCAACGACUGUUGGCGGCGCGCUUGGGUGGCGGGCAGUUGGCGUGAGCUGCACCUUAGCUCGAGUCGGCGCCAUGGUGGAGAAGGAGGAGGCUGGUGGCGGCAUCAGCGAGGAGGAAGCGGCGCAGUAUGACCGGCAGAUCCGUCUGUGGGGAUUGGACGCUCAGAAACGGCUGCGGGCCUCCCGGGUGCUCAUUGUUGGCAUGAAAGGACUGGGGGCUGAAAUUGCCAAGAAUCUCAUCCUGGCUGGAGUGAAAGGACUGACCAUGCUGGACCAUGAACAGGUAUCUCCGGAGGAUCCUGGAGCCCAGUUCCUGAUCCGUACCGGUUCUGUUGGCCGAAAUAGGGCUGAAGUCUCUUUGGAGAGAGCCCAGAAUCUGAACCCCAUGGUGGACGUGAAGGUGGACACCGAGCACAUUGAGAAGAAACCCGAGUCGUUUUUCACCCAGUUUGAUGCGGUGUGCCUGACUUGCUGCUCCAGGGAUGUCAUAGUUAAGGUUGACCAAGUCUGUCACCAAAACAGCAUCAAGUUCUUCACUGGAGAUGUUUUUGGCUACCAUGGAUACACAUUUGCCAAUCUCGGAGAGCAUGAGUUUGUAGUGGAGAAAACCAAAGUGGCCAAAGUUAGCCAAGGAGUAGAAGAUGGACCUGAAUCCAAGAGAGCAAAGCUGGACUCAGCUGAGACCACCAUGGUCAAAAAGAAGGUGGUUUUCUGCCCCCUCAAGGAGGCACUGGACGUGGACUGGAGCGGCGAGAAAGCCAAGGCCACCCUGAAGCGCACCACCUCGGAUUACUUCCUCCUGCAAGUGCUCCUGAAGUUCCGCACAGAUAAAGGAAGAGACCCCAGUUCUGAUACCCACAGGGAGGACUCGGAACUGCUGCUCCAGAUCCGAAAUGAUGUUCUCGAGUCACUGGGCGUCAGUCCCAACCUGCUUCCCGACGACUUUGUCAGGUACUGCUUCUCUGAGAUGGCCCCGGUGUGUGCCGUGGUUGGAGGGAUCUUGGCACAGGAGAUUGUGAAGGCCCUGUCUCAGAGGGACCCUCCUCACAACAACUUCUUCUUUUUUGAUGGCUUGAAGGGGAGUGGAGUCGUGGAGUGCCUGGGCCCCAAGUGAGCCCCAGCAGCCCUGGAGGAGAAGUGACCUUGGCCCACGGCAGGUGUCUUGCUCUUCUCCUCUGAGAGUCCUCACCACUAGCAGCUCUCCUGGCUCAGGAGCCUAGUGCCACCUCCUUGGGCUUACUCUCCACCUGACGUCACACCAGGAGAGCGUGACUGCAGGUGGGGAGUAGGCCCAGCCCUGGUGAGGCUCCCACGGAAUCAGACAGGUGUCCCUCGAGGGACAAAGCAGGUCGGGCAGGCAUCUUUCCUCUCACACCUGGAGACCCCAGCAAGGGCGGGCAGUGUCUGUCAGGCACUUCUGAGUUACAGUUGUAGAUUACUUGGGUUCCGUCCAGGGAUUGUGACACUUGUCAAAACUUUGCACGCUGUACCUGUAACAGCAGAGACCGAAUCACCCAGAGAUGCCCCAGUACCAAGUGUGUGGCCACGGGGUGCCAUGGUCCCCAAGGCCCUGCACUACGCCCAGGGUGGUCCUUCACUCUCCCGGGAGUUGCAGCUGUCUGUGUUGUACGUGUUUUCUACAUUUUCCUUGGUUUUGAUAUGGAAUGAUAAUAAAGUUUUUUG